AUGAAAAAAAUUAAAAACGAUUUAAUACCUUUUUUACACUACGAUUUAAAGAGUGCACAGUCCUUAGUAUCUUUUAAUAAACUGCUAAAUAAAGAAUACAUAAGCGGAGAGAUUCAUAAGAAUAUAAUUUUAAAUACAAAUCAAAAAUCUAGUUUUCUUUAUUUUGAAGUUGGAAAAAAUGAAGUAAUCCUCGGAUUUAAAAAUACGAACCAUGAAUUAUAUCAAAAACUUUUACAGAUCAAAGAUCGUAAAAUAUUUGAAAUAAAUGAACAACAUAAAGACAAUCAAGAAGAAGACAUAGCUGAUAUGAUUAAAGAUAUUAAAAAUUAUUCAUAUAUUCAAGGAGGUGCUAUCAUAACAUUCAAUAAAAAAUUAUUAAAGGAUUAUAUUCAACUCAAAUUAAAAACGUUUAAAGAACUCCCCAACGAAUAA